AUGAUUCCAUCUUCAGCAGCAGAAAGUAUAAUGUCUUCACUACAUAGCAAAGACCAGGACAAAGCCCAAACACACGGGUAUGAGCUUGAGGCAGGGCUUCCAGAGACAGACUCAACAUCCGAUCACCACAUUCAUCACACAGAAAACUUGAAUCGAAGUUUAAGUCCUAGAGUUAUCAAUAUGAUCACCAUUGCCGGGGUUAUAGGUACUGGGUUGUAUCUCGGGACGGGAAAAAUGUUGGCUACUGGUGGGCCAUUGAGUUUAUUGUUAAAUUAUAUGAUCAUUGGAGUAGUGGUGUUCUUUAUGAUGCUAUGUCUUGGGGAAAUGUCUGCACAGUACCCCGUCAGUGGCUCAUUCACAACAUACGCCAAGAGAUUUGGUAGUGAUUCACUAGGAUUUGCAAUUUUAAUCAAUUACUGGUUCAAUGAUUGCUGUAGUGUAGCUGCCGAUUUGACUGCACUACAACUAGUCAUUCAAUAUUGGACCGAUUUCCACUGGUAUGUGAUAUCAAUCAUAUUCUGGGUAUUCUUGCUAUUCUUGAAUGUCAUUCAUGUGAGAGCAUACGCAGAAGCUGAAUAUUGGUUGGCGCUUCUCAAAGUUGUCACCAUUAUUAUAUUUUUUAUCGUCAGCAUUAUAUGUAAUGCGGGAAGGAACCAAAUGCACGAAUAUAUUGGGUUCAAGUACUGGAGCUACAAGGAUGCGCCAUUUGUUAAUGGGUUUAAAGGCUUCAGUUCAUUGUUUGUUUCAGCAGCUUAUGCAUUUGGCGGUUUAGAGUCUGUUUCCUUGACUGCUGGUGAAACAAAGAAUCCAAACAAGACGAUCCCCAAAACAGUAAAGGCAUCAUUUAUACGUAUCAUUAUCUUUUACGUGUUUACUGCAUUUUUCAUUGGCAUGAAUAUUCCGUAUGAUUAUCCAAAUUUGCUGACAAAGACAGUUGCCGUGUCACCUUUUACAAUAGUAUUCCAGCAAGUCGGAAGUAAAGCUGGUGGUUCAUACAUGAAUGUUGUGGUACUUUUAUCAGUAUUAUCGGCGGGAAAUCACGCAUUGUUUGCUGGCUCGAGGUUGGCUUACAAUUUGAGCACCCAGGGGUACAUUCCCAAGAUUUUCUUGCCACUUAACCGGUUCCAGAUACCGUAUGUUGCUGUCAUUGUCACAUGGCUAAUUGGAGGUUUAUGCUUUGCUUCAGCAUUCGUUGGAACUGGAGAGUUGUGGUCAUGGUUGCAAGCAAUAGUGGGGUUGUCCAACUUGAUAUCUUGGUGGGUUAUUGGUGUUGUUUCCUUGCGUUUCAGAAGAGGCUUGGCCAAACAAGGUAGAACGCAUGAAUUGUUGUUCAAAAACUGGUCGUACCCUUAUGGUCCCUUGUUUGUGGUUAUCUUUGGUGGUUUCAUCAUUUUGGUUCAAGGAUGGUCAACAUUUAGUCCGUUUAGCGUAAAUGACUUUUUCCAAUCCUAUUUGGAAUUAGGUGUGUUUCCAGUUUGUUUCUUAGUUUGGUGGCUUGUAAUCAAACGUGGCAAAGAUAGAUUUGUACGUGCAGCUGACAUGGACUUUGACACAGAUAGGUAUAUUGAGUCACCAGAAGAGUUAGAAAAUGAGGAAUAUGCUAAAUCAUUGAAAGGCUGGACCAAAUUUAAACACAACUUUGCUGACAAUUUUCUUUAA